GGCGUGACGUCAGUGUCAGCUGGGCGCGCCGGAGGUAGCCGAGUUCCGGGGUGUGCGCGGAGGAGGCCAACGGCAACGGCAACCACAACCCGCUUGGGACAUUGGUCGCUGCGGGGCGUGGAGCCGGGACCCUCCACCUCUCCCCGAGCAGUUCUUCAGUUUGCAGAGAUCUUGGACCAUAGCAGAUUCAAGCAGACUUGUAGGACCAAUGCACCUGAUUAGCUCAUGGAAGAAAAAAAUUAUAUCAGGACAUCUUUGGUUUCCAGGUUACCGAAGUAUGAAACAAAGUCUUUAGGCAAUGUCCUACAGCCAUUGUCAAAUGGGACCACUGUUAAUUUAUCAGGGACUACUCAAAGCAACAAUGGCAAAAGUGGCACCAAGCACAAUGGCACUGUUCAUAUGUCUUCCUCUUUUAACUGGAGAAAAUCAAAUAAAUAUCAACUUUGUAAUCAGCGUGGUGGUGAAUCUAACUUUGCUGAUAAUUCCAAUGAAAAAAUAAGUGAUUCUGAAAAGUAUUCUCAGUCUCGAGAAACAUUUGGUAAAGAUGUGCACAGGGUGGGUUUGGAUGACACUGCUUUACUAGCAUCGAAAACAUCCAAGCAAACCAAUAUGUUUGUAUCAUCUACAAAAGAAUUAAACCCAAAGUCUUUGCCUGUACUGUCUAGUUCAGCAAAAUUCUCCAAAGGUACAUUAUUAGGCAGAACUUCGUAUUCUGGACUCAAUGCUCCAAAAUCUCGUUUAGAUGGAUUUUAUGGAAAUAGGCCUUCUGUAGGCUUACAGAGACCUAGGGUUAAUUCUGGUGCCACCAGGAACAGUUCAGGAGAGGGUCUGGCACAAUCAACAGACAAAGAAACUUAUUCCUGUGAAAAAAUGGUUAGAUCGCAAAGUUUUUCACAUUCCAUUCAGAAUUCUUUCCUUCCCCCUGCAUCCCUAACCAGGUCACAUUCCUUUAACAGAGCUGUGGACCUCACAAGGCCUUAUCAGAAUCAACAUCUAGCCAUCAGAUCAUCUCAGAGGGCAACUUUAUUAUCAAGAAAUACACGACAGUUGAAUAUACCCAGUGGAAAUGAACCUUUAAAAUAUGGGUUUACUAGGGCAUAUAAUGCCAUAUCAACCUGUGGUUCGAAAAAAACACUGUUAUCAAAUGAAUCUGGAGCUGCAGCUGCUUUGGAAUACCAAAUGAGUCGUCCUUCUUUCCUGAAGCGUAAUGGACAACAAUUUACUGGAAAGAUCACUGUGGGUGAUAGCAAGAGUACAACUACUGACUCAGGUUUCAUGGAUAAUAAUUCUGAGAUAUCAACAAAUAGUAAGGAAAUGGAUGAAAAAAAAGAUGCAAUGAAAAAUGACAGUCACAGAAAAGAAGGAAGUGAAAUCCUGCAUGACAGUUUGGGAAAACAUAAUUCAAAAGUUUUAUGUAUGAGUGACGAUGUGGAUGAAAUAUCUAUAUCUUCCUUGUCCUCUUGUGAGAAAAAUGACCUAAGCGAAGACUUUAGUGAUGAUUGUAUAGAUUUAGAAGAUCCAAAUAGAACGAUAGAAGCACAUCCAGAGGAAGUCUUUAUUCAAGAAUUAGAGCAUGGAGCAACACCAAUAGAAUCAUUCAGUUCUCUCAAGGAAAGUGAAAGUUCUCACUGUAAUGCUGAUGAUUGGCUAGAUAUAGCUAUACAUGUGUCUGCAGCAAAUGAUAAAAAUCAAAGCACAAAGCAUACUUCUGGGACCAACUUAAUGUCUCCAGAUAUGAAUUACAGAGCUGGCUCCUCUUCUGAGCUUUCUCCAUCCGAUAGUUCUGAUGGAACCUAUAUGUGGGAUGAAGAAGGCUUGGAGCCUAUUGGGAGUGUCCAUCCAUGUGGAAGUUAUGAGUCUUCAGAAAUGAACAGUAUAGAUAUCUUAAAUAACCUUGAUUCAUGUGAUCUUGAAGAUGAUGAUCUCAUGCUUGAUGUGGACCUGCCUGAGGACGCACCUUGUGAAAAUGUGGAAUGUAAAAAUAUGAACCGUUAUGAUAGACAAGACAGAAAUGCCCAAAAACAGUCAGAGGGGUUCUGGAAGAGGGCGCAACAAUGUUGGAGUGCACAAGAUCAUUAUCAUCUUGGCCAUCACUAUCUCCAUGGUAAAAAUGAUAUUAGCAGAGGAUCCAAGUACACAGAGUCUCCAGUUGGUCACUUUGAAAGUUAUGGAACACCAAACUUUUACCAAGCUCCUAGACAAUUUGUGGGUUUACCAGAAAAUACUGUGAUGCUUGAUGAAAUGACACUUCGGCACAUGGUCCAAGACUGCACAGCUGUAAAAACUCAGUUAUUGAAACUGAAAAGAUUACUGCAACAGCUUGAGUGCCUGGGGUGAUCACCUUACUUGCCCCGCUUGCUACAGUACUGCCUGUGAACUGGGAAGCUGGGAGACAAAACAGAAGGGAGAGAAGAAAAAACAAAUAUUUGUUUUUGGAUAUCCAUCUGAACCAAAUCUCCAAGGCCUAUGGAAGACUUUAUAUCAAUUAUACCAUGGCUUUUUUUGCACUAUGAAAACAUUGCAUCCUGUGCACAGCUGCAUGUGCAAAGGGCAGGCUGUCAAAGGGAGGAAGAAAAGUAGCAUGCCAGUUCGCACUGCUGCUGCUGACAUCUAGCGACAGAGCUCUGUGAGUUCAACACAGGUUCCCUCUCUCUCCCCAUGCUGAGCAAAGCACAGAAUGAGGGGGAAAUUGACUCCCCCUUCCUCCCUCUGUACAGAGCUAUAGGUGGGCAAACCCUUUGCCCCAGUGUGGAGCACAGCCUCGGAGUUCACUCCCUCUCCUCCUGCCCUUACAUGAAGUCAUGCACAUGGGGAAACCUCCCCCCCUGCACUUUGUGAGGAGAGGGAGGGAACUCCUGGAGCAUGCUCUGUCCUGGGGGCAAGGGUUUUCCCACAUGCCCUGAGGAUUCCCCUGCUCACUUUGUACUCUGGGGUAUGGGUUUGCUUGUGUACAUGGCUCUGUGCUUUUGAGAAAUUCUGGCCUACGUUGCACUUUGCUCAGAGCAGAGAAAGGGAAGGAACCACUGUGCAUGCUUCAGGUUGGGGCAGGGGUUACCAGCAUGGAGCCUGGCUCUUUGCUUGGAAGCUUGUUUUCUUCCACCCUGCCCAGCACAGGGAGAGGGAAUGCCUAGUGCCUUGCUCUGUGCCUGUGGAAGGCUUUCUCACUUUUUGACAAAGGUUUGGGGUAUGGAGAACCUCCACUAGAGAGGGUAGAUUUGAUAGCCAACGGCUUUGCACAUGCAGGAGUUAAGUCUCCUGUGUGGUGCCUGGCAUAGACCUAUCACCCAAUGUGUGAUAUUCCACAUGUCCAAAUUAAAACUUGGUAGAAAUCAUCUACAAAAACAUUCAACAUUUUCCAAGCAACAUAUAGCUGUUUUUAUAGUUGGAUAGUCAUUUUUAUCAUGCUUUAAUUAUUUUACAUGUGUAAUUGAAUAAUGCAUUUAAACUAGUUAACUGGCUACUUGCACAAUAGACAUAACCUGUGUUGGGGCGCAAAAGUCCUAGAAACUAGGCCUGUGCAAGUCGGCAGCGAUCCAAUCUGGCUUUGGAUCCAGCUGCUUCGGAUGGCCACAAUCCAAUCCGGAGCUCCGGAUCAGUUUGCCAUUUCAAUCUGUCUGAACUGGCUCUGAAACUUCUAUAACUUUGUCAUUUUAGCUCCGAUUUGGGUGCAACUUGCAGGGGUGGUAGCCUCUGCUGAGCGCACGAAGCCUGCCAAGUUUCAAGAAGAUCGGUGGAGGGGUUUGGGGGUAACUGCACCCCAAAUUAUUCAAUGCAAAACUCCUGUCACAUCUAUGUAUUACACCACAGGGGGCUGAAAAAUGCAGGGGUGCUAGCCCCUGGUGAGGUCACAAAGCCUGCCAAGUUUCAAGAAGAUUGGUGCAGGGGUUUGGGGGGAGCUGCACCCCAAGCUGCUGACAGGCAAAACUCAUCAUAUGGGUGGGUGCUUGGGCGACUGCGUCUGUCUUGGGGCACAGGGGGGUUAAAUCUAGUGCUGGGCCCUGCCAGGUCACGAAGCCUGCCAGCCCAGCUGUGUAUGUUUCGCUGGGGGAAUCUGUUGUCUAGGGCCCUGCACCCCAAGCUGCUGACAGACAAAACUCGUGAUGUGGGUGGGUGAAAUUGUGCAUGUGUUAAGGUGUGCCCUUCCUGGCGCUGGGGCCUCUGCACAACAUGGCAGUGUGACCCAGUGAGGCCUCCUUCUCCCCUACAGCCUCAUGCCUGGUCCUCCACUUUACAUGAGAACAUGUAAAAUAACUUAGUUGGCUGAACACCAGUAGCAUCAGCAGCAGCAUCAAAGGUACAAAAAUGGAACUGUCACAGAGCCUUUCUUUUUAUAAAGGAAUUGACAGCAAGAAAUAAAGAUGUUAUGUUGUGUUGUGUUAGACAUAUGAUGUUAUUCAUGAUGUGUGAUGGCUUAUCUUGUGUUUUUAUGUCUAUAUGUGUAUUAUGAAAUAAAAAGGAGUACUUUAAAAAAUGUAUCUUUGGAAGCUUUAGGGUUGAAAACCCCUUUGUCAGGCUGGGGAAGUACCUACAGCUGGUCCUGGAUGGAAGGAAUAGUAAAGAAGCCAGAGGCUGGCCUGGCCCGCAAUGCAGGCAAGAAAGCCAGUUAGUGAAAAUGGAAAUGGAGGCAUCAGGGGGGGAGGGACAGUCUGGGUUGAAAGGUAAGGGGCAAAGGGCGUAGGUAAAAGUGCAGAGGUGCCUGGGGUGUCAGAUGUCCGGCAGGUCGCAGUGUGUCAGAAUUCCACUGUGUAUAUUGAGUCCAUGAGUUUGUGUACCUACUACCUAGGAGGCUGAUGAAGUGCAGUUCAUAGGCCUGGCUCUGAAAAGUGGUUUGUGCAGGGACGUCAUGUGCAGACCCUGCUCCCACCUCCUGGCUUCCACUGGCAGCACUGAUGUCAAGGCUGCUUAGGAAUAGAAUAUAUCUUCAUUUUGGGGUGGGGUCUUACUGGCUACCUAUAGAUCAGGAUGUCCGAAGCGGGUCCAAAGCCCUUCAGACGCUCUGUCCUACUUCGGAUAACUUUGC